UCCGUCCACCAUGCCCGAGGUUAGAGAGCUCACCGAUGCUUUGGCCAAUGUGCCUAUGGACCCCAUCACCGGCGUUGGCGUCGUCGCCUCCCGGAGCCGAGCCCCGACCAAUUACGACGUGGUCGCACAAACAGCAGAUGGCUUAGAUGCUGAUCUUUGGAAAGAUGGCUUGUUCAAAUCCAAGGUCACACGAUAUUUGUGUUUCACGCGGACUUUCUCCAAAGAGAAUAGUCACUUAGGUAAUGUUUUGGUUGACAUGAAACUCAUAGACGUAAAAGAUACGUUGCCCGUGGGCUUCAUCCCAAUUCAAGAAACUAUGGAUACACAAGAAACUGCUUUUCGGAAAAAGAGGUUGUGCAUUAAAUUUAUUCCCCGGGAUUCCACAGAAGCCGCCAUUUGUGAUAUCCGGAUCCUGGGCCGAGGCAAACAAACUCUUCCACAGUAUACAUACAUAGGGCAGCAGCGUUACAAACAUGUUCUUUGGUCUCUUCUCUUUAGACAUAUAUCGUUGACGCUUCCUGCCAGUUUCCGAGGGAAAGGGCAUGGCACUCGUCCAGAUUUUGAGUACCAGCACUCCAAUUUAUAUGCCAUUUCAGCAAUGGAAGGUGUGCCUUUUAUGAUCUCAGAGAAGUUUGCCUGCGCUUCCGAAGGGAUGCAGCCUGUAGACCUCCUGGGAAUCACAAUCAAAUCUCUGGCUGAAAUUGAAAAAGAGUAUGACUACAGCUUCCGGACAGAGCAGAGUGCUGCGGCCAGACUGCCUCCCAGCCCCACCAGAUGCCAGCAGUAUCCCCCUUCCUGAAAUCUCUCGACUCCUUGGAGUAAAAAUGCACACGUACUACUGAGCAGCGAAAGGAUUUUCUUCCUCCUCCUCUUCCUCACUUUGUAACCUUCCCCCCCUCCCCCAACCCUUCCCAUCCCUGACGAGCAGUAUUAACGGAGGCCCUUCCAGGAAAAGACACAGGAAGCCGUGAUUUUUGUCUGUCCCCCAUCCUCCUUUAUACAAAACAACUGGAUAGCAUUUCUCUCUCUCUCUCUCUCU